CUACCGCGACGCAACGUCCGUGGUCCGUCUCAUUCAUCGUUUCGCCGCCGUCGUGUCCGUAGUCUUUGCCGUGCCGUCUUUAUUGUUGCGUGUCGUGCGUGUCGUCAGCGAGCGUACAUAAUAAAAAUAUUAUAAUAUUAUACACUUGUCGGUUGCGCGGUUAUUAUCGCGCAUCGGUCCGGUUAAUUUUUUAAAAUUUUAUCUCGUAAUUUUAAUUAACCUUUUUUAUCUUAUCUGUUUGAUUAUAUAUCAAAUCAAAGUAUAUUAAUAUAUUAGGUAUUAUUACCUAUACUCGCGAAUUUUGUUUUAUUUUCUUCGACCGAAUGUAUAUUAUACAUAUAGACCAUACAUGUAGAAAAUAUGUUAAUCAACGGUUAAGAACAGACCGCCAAUACAAAUGCUCACAAUGAAAUCGCCAGAUCAAAUAUUACACUGACCGUAGUGCAACAAAACGAGACGGUCACCAAUUCGUUUCAUAACAAUAUUAUUAUUGUUGUUUAUUUGUUUCGAAUAUUCAUCUAUUGCUGUCGUCUAUUGCUGCCCUACAGAUUACAGUUGAUUUGGGUUUAUAGGUGAACAAUUAUACCCGCCGGUGGUCACUAAAAACAGUGGCUAACACCGGGUUAGAGUAGUAUGGACUCUGACGAAGACUUCAAACAUUAUUCGUCGUGCUAUUACGACGACGACACUGAUCGAGCUUUUUAUCCAGAGAACGCACAACAUCAACAUCAAUUAGGUACUAAAAGUUGGCUCGACUGCGAAAAAACGCCAGUAGUGACUCAUAGGCAAUCUCAGUGCCCACCACAACAGAGAAUACUUGACAAUAUUGUGACAUCAUCAAACAAAGUUCGUAAUAGUAAAAGCGUAGAACGAUGGACUAGAAGUUCUGAACUAUCUAGAGACUUAACGUGUGAUGUAGACGCCAAUUCUCUACGUUCAGACAUGUCUUCUGGUGGUGAAGAUUUUCAAAGUAGCCCAAAUAUGAUGCCAUCAUCUGUGUCUUCAACAAUCAUGUUGAACAGCAAUAGCAGUACAAAUGAUAUGAACGGAGCUGCGACUGGUGAAAAUAGUUGUGGAGGACUUUUAGUUAUUAAACAAGAACCCAACAUAUUACAAGAUUAUAAAAGCAUAUCGACCAACUACAGUAAUAAUACAACAGACGGAUGUAAUAUGCUUCAAAAAGUACCUUCGCUAAGUGAUCUAUCCGAUCCAGAAAAUUCUUUGGAUCAAACCCCGUCAGCAGUGAACGUCAACAGUUCAAAUAAUGCCGGUGGACAAUUGGUUCCGCCGCCUCUAACACCUGGUACAAAUAAGAAAAUGACCGAAGCCCUGCAAGCUACAUUUGCAUCCUGGGAAAAAGAACGACAUAAGUUGAAUGUCCCAAAAGAUCCCAGACUAUGGACAGAGGCGCAGGCCGCACAUUGGUUCUGGUGGGCUUACCGCGAGUUCUCGGUACCCGAACCUCCGCCGACGCCCUUACUGCGCCGCGUCGUGUGCGGAACAUCUCAGUUCCAGAAGUUCACCACGGCCAGUCCCAACACCACGAUCAUGGGCCGCAGCAGUCAGAUGAUCCGGGAGCGCGUCCGCCGCGGCCGUCGCCGUCUCCGCAGCAGCGGCAACUGCAACAGCGGCAGCAAGUCGCCGGGGAGCAGCAACGACGACGACGACAACGACCCGGACAAGGACCUGGACGACGAUGACGAGCCGUACGACGAAUUGGUGUCGUCGUCGAGCGGCAACAGACCGCUGUACGCCCGCAAGGGCAGACACUUGUGCAAUAUGGGACGCGAGCGAUUCGUGGCCGAGGCGCCGCCGUUCUUGGGCGACAUCCUCUGGGAACAUCUCGAAAUGAUGCAAAGAGACGUAGAUAGGGCCUCGUCAAUACCCAUGUUUGGUGGUGGCAAUCAACAUUUGUCGUCGUUAAACAACACCGGUGGCAAUAGCAAUAAUUCAAAUUUCUAUCACGAAAAUUUCGUGCAACAUCAACAACACAGACAUCAAGUGGACGACAACAGUGGUUUAUUCUCUUCCGGCUAUCCUGUACCGGCUGCAUCCGAACCACAGCAUAUCCGGUUGCAAUCGCCACCGCACCGACUGAACCAUCGUAAUCGCAAUCUCCAUCACAACCAACAAUAUGAAACAGGGAUCACCUACUCGACGAGCAUAGGCACCACCACGCCGCCCAGCCAGACCGGCGGCAGCGGUUCUACUACGCCGGACAACAACAUCGCUGGGGCUGGUUUGAUGGUGACGGGCGGCGGCGACAACGCCAUGGAGUCGACGGUAUCGUCGCCCCCGGACCUCUAUCCGCAGCAACCGCCAGCGCCGCAGCCGACCGCCAUACCUCUGAUCCAGCAGCAGCAACAGCAACAGCAACAGCUGAUGCAGCAACAGCAGCAAAACAGAUACCAGCAGCAGAGGGACUAUCACCACCAGCAACAGCACCGAGCCAAUCACCGGUACAUACAGCAGCAGCAACAGCAACAGGACAAUUACACCGGUGAACAGCAACCGUACCCGACGACCAGUGGCAGUCCGUACUUGGACGCUGGCGGUGGUACUACGUCGCCUUAUCUGACAGCCGGCAAUCCGGUGCCGCCGUCCCAGUCGGCCGCGCAAACCGUGCCCAACGGUGCCUCUACCACAACCGGGCCGACUCAUCAGACCUCCGCGGUCACAGCGGCCGCUGCCCUGGCUGCGGUCGAUCACUGGGCAGCUGCCGCAGCUGCAGCCGGUGCCGAUUCAGCGCUGCAACUGCAGUUCAUGCACCAGCAACAACAGCAAUAUCAACAGCAACAGCAACAGCAACAGCAGCAGCAGCAGCAGCAACAGCAACAGCAUCAUCACGGCCAUCAACAGCAGCAACAACAACAUCAUCACCAACAACAGCAGCAGCAGCAACACCUCCAUCAUCACCAUUACAACAACAACAAUCCGCACGUUCAACAGCAGCACCAGCAGCAGCAUCACUUGAUGGUGCCCGGCGGUGGCAACAACAAUAUGUCGGUCGACAUAAAACCGUGUUUGCAGUUACAAGCUCCCCCGCUCAUCACCGGUUAUACGCCAAACGGCGGUCCUUGUUUCACCGGCAGCGGCCCCAUACAGUUGUGGCAAUUCUUGUUGGAGCUAUUGACCGAUCGCGCCUGUAAGGCGUUCAUUUCCUGGACGGGUGACGACUGGGAAUUCAAACUUACGGACCCAGACGAGGUGGCCCGCAGAUGGGGCGUGCGCAAGAACAAGCCAAAAAUGAAUUACGAAAAGCUGAGCCGUGGUCUUAGGUAUUAUUACGACAAGAACAUCAUACAUAAGACGGCCGGCAAACGAUAUGUGUACAAAUUUGUUUGCGAUCUCGAAAGCCUUCUCGGCUAUAGUGCUCAACAAUUGCACGCCUUGGUCGACUUCAAACCUGAGUGCGGAAACAACAACAAAGACGAUGAGUAGAUGACGGUGCUCACAGCCGUCGUCGUUUUUACUACUAUUGUACGAUCGCAAAGACUGAGCUGCCGAACGACAAUAUAUUUUUUUAAAUUUUUUUUUUUUAACCAAAACAAAUUAACGAUAAAUAAUUAAAUUAAAGAUUAGAUGUAUA